AUGAGGUGUCCUUUGCGGCUCCUUGGAGCCCUGUGUUGUCUCACGCUGCUACCAGAUGUGGCUCCACGCAGCGCUGUAGAGAUUGACUCAGAGAAGGCCAAUGAUUUCCUGUCAAACUCGCGUCCCAAACGCAACCUAGAUCCGCGCUGGCAUCGGGCUCAACCUGAUUUCCAAGCAUACUACCGUUACUACACCAGCAUCGGACACACAGAGGGGUUGUAUGAGAUUGACAGGAUCAGAAUGCUUUACCAGCAGAUGCGUUACCUGGAGCAUGUGUACGGUCCGAAUGCUUCGUAUUACCAGAACAAACUGGGCUUGCCCUUCUUGCCAAAAUGUGACCCCGCCAAGGACAAAAAAUGUAAAAUGCUUCCCUUACCACCUGUUCCUCCUCCACCUGCUCCCGAAAUUGCCCCGGCCUCAAAGAAAGCCCCUGUUCCUCAGCUUGUGCCGGCACAUCCUCCACUGUCUCAAGCUGAUGUGAUCUACCUGUGUAAUCCCAAAGACCCACUCUGUAAACCCCACAUUGUCUACAUGCCCACUGGUGCGGUGCCUGUACUCUGUGACCCCCGUUAUCAUCCCUCUUGCAAACUGGAGACCCAGACGCCUGCACCCCCUCCACCACCACCUCCUCCUAAAAAAUCAGAACCCCCUCCACCACCCCCUCCUGCCCCCAUUAUCUAUAAGGGCAUGGAGUAUGACUGUGAUCCAUACUGGGACCCUGACUGCCUGAUUGACCAUCCACCCCGCCCCAUUAAGGGCAAAGUCCCUCCCCCUCCACCACCUCCCGCACCCACAGAGGCAGUGGCUGAGGGGGAUGGGGAGGAGCCAGCACCUCCUGCACCAAUCAGUAAGAAGCAUCCCUACCCCUACCCUUACUUCUACUAUGCGCACCCCUACCGCCCAUACAGUUUCCAGGAUGAGCUUUAUGAUCCUUACCGCUACCCAUCCCCUGAUGUUGCUGCUGAUGACAGCAAGUAG